UUUGCUUUUCCCGAAGAAUUGUUGUAUAGCGACCUCAUCCGAGCCUUCGGAUUGGCCGCUAGCUCACGUGACUUACUCUCUAACCCAUACAGCUUUGCACAUACACAUAUCGCACUGUUUUGGGUUGUCGUCUGCUCGAUGUCAAGACUCCACAUACGGCAGUUUGUGGCAGGAAUAAGCAGUUUUAAUAAAUAUUACAAAGUACGCGCGCUUAUCUGCAGCAGUUUACUGUACAGCUUAUCAUUUAAGCGAGCAUUUGGCACAAUAUCGACAACGCCAGUAUUUUAGUCAUCAUGUCGAUUCAGAUGACACACACAACUAAACCCUGUGAAUCAGGUGUACCAAUCAAGGAAUAUCCUGACUUGCUGGCCAUCCUUCCUGAAGGACAGGAAUAUCAUGUCUGCUGGUAUUCAGCAAUGGGUGAAGGCAAGUUUAAGUGUGAAAUAAGAGUGCCCAUCACUACUGCAGAAGAUGCAAGAGCUUGGUUUGACCAACACAAGAAAAAGGCCCAGAUUACAUGGCGUGUAAAAACAACUGCCCGAGUUACUGGGAAAGGAACCCUACUGAAAAUCUAUUACAGGUGUCAGCACAAUACUUUACCAAGAAGUAAAACAGCAGAUGAGAAGCCAAACUCCAAAAAUACAAAUUGCCCCGCUCAGAUGACCUUGACAGUCAAAGCAACUACCAUGAAAAAAAGCAGUGACCAUCAUUUGCCAGCUUUGCCUAUGAUUGUGCAUAUUGAGCAUGUGCAUAAUCAUCCAAUCACAGGCAAUGCCAAAGUAAUGCAGCACCGGGAUGUCUCAGAGGACACAAUUCAAAAAUUUAAAGAUUUGUUUGCUAGAGGGCACACUCCAGCAUCUGCUCUCAAAAUGCACAAAUUUAAUCUGCAUAUGGAGCACCCAGACAAUUACAUCUAUUUGGCCUCGGACCGUUCAGUUUGUCCAGACUUGAGUUUUGUUUACAAACUGUAUGCCAAAGUUUUCCAGAAGAGCUAUGGUGCAGAUUCAGGACAAGGUCUCCUGACUGCUGUAAAUAGUCUGAUUGAGAACUAUAACAAUGAACAGAAACUGAAGUGUGCAUCAAUGGAGCUCAUUAAGGACAAGACUGUGAUUGCUGUGUAUACUCCUUUAAUGAGGCGUAUUAGCGAGAAGCAUAGGGCCAGCGGUGAGCUGGUUUUCAUUGAUUCUACAGGAGGAGUAGACCGUUACAACUGCAGGGUCUUCCUCCUUCUUACACACAGUGCUGCUGGAGGUUUGCCACUAGGGUGCAUUAUAACCACCUCUGAGUCAACAGAUGCCCUAGAGCUAGGCUUUGACUUGUACAAGAGGCUGCUCUCAAAAGAUUCCUUUAAUGGACGAGGGGAGAGAGGGCCAGUUGUAAUUCUCACAGAUGACUGUGAAAUGGAGAGAAAGGCACUGAAAACGGUGUUUCCAGAAUCCAUUCUUAUUCUGUGCGUGUUUCACAUCCUUCAGGCAGUAUGGCGGUUUCUGUGGGACAGUAAGCACGCAGUUCCAAGAGAUGAUCGUCCUCACCCACUGAAACUUGUCCGAAACCUUGUGUAUGCGGACAAUCAACAGCAAAUGUGUCCUACAAAACGAGAACAUUGGAAAAAACCACACAUCCAAAUGGUAGCUCUAGAGAUUCUGGAAACAUGACACACACAUCGUCAGAAAUCAGCUUUUGAUAUCCUCCUUCACACACACAUACACACUUUCUCUCUCACACUCACACUGAAAAAUAAUGAAGCAGCAGGGCCCAACUAAGUGAGUUUUUCUAACAUUCCUCAGCAUCCAUUGCCCCUUUCCUAUUAGCUCAGUUUAACCACCUUUUUGAAAAUGGUUUGUUUCCUGAUGCAUGGUCUGAAGCUACCAUGCAAGCUUUACAUAAUAAGGGUGAUACUAAAUGUGUAUAUUUAUUUUUCCUAAAAACUUGUUGUAUAUGGACCUUACCCGAGCCUUCAGAUUGAGAAAACUGUAGAGGUAUUUCUCUGUUUAACAUCUGUAGUAAAAUUUACAUUUCUAUACUUAACAAAAGAAUCACUGAAUAGAUUGAGCAACACAGUACUCUGGGUGAAGAACAAGUAGGCUUUAAGAGGGAUCAGCACAAUAGAUCAUAUACUUUGGUGGCACAUAUUUAGAAGCAGCUAGUAAAUCAUGAAAAGCUCUAUGUACCUUUCAUUGACUUCCAGAGAGCUUUCGAUUCAGUGAUUAGAGAAAAACUCUGGACCGUAUUACAGAAAAAUGGUAUACCUGGCAAAAUGGUUAAAGCUAUCAAAAGUAUGUUAAGGACAGAGUAAGGGUUGGUGGGGACCUGACUUUAUGUUGUAACUGCCCAAAAGGAUUAAAACAGGGUAAAUCUGCAUCCCUGUCCUAUUCUCUGCAUUUCUCAAUGAUUUAACACAUUAAAUUAGACAAAAGCUUACAUGGCUAUAUUAUGUGAUGAUUUUUCUGUACAAAUAUGGAUUUUGUUUCAUAUGGAAUAGUCAAGGGCUCUGUGUUCCAGUUCAUGGCAUGUUAUUCUGUUCUAUAGCGUCUAUAGAAUAGUUUUGAUGACACUGAGGAGUCUUGCAUGCCAGCAGAUUGACCUCUACUCUUCACACUUGGAAGCCUACAUUUCAAAGGCAUUAAGCAGCAUGAGUAAGAUCUGCAUGAUUGAAACAGUUUAAUAAGUAAUGGUUACACUUCGGCCUACAGUUUUCAUAAUCUUAAUGGGCCCAUAUUUUUCUCUAAUCAUUAAGUCAUGUAUAAUAUAUUAACACUUAGCACUGUUAUAGAAAUCCAAGCCCUGGACAUUUGAAUAUUAAAACUAAGUUUAUCCUCCUCGCUGCUCACUCAUAACUAAUUGAGUACCCUGAAAAUGCAGGUAAAGAUGUUUAGCCAUCAUGCUUUCAAUCAAUCCUCUGGGUUGCCUUAUGUAAUAAUUUCACCUGUUUUGGUGCCCAAUGAAAGUGGAAAAUAAUAUCAGGUCAGGACAUAGCAUGGAACUCUUGUAAAUCCUAAUAUUGUUUCUUGUGUGUAUGUUGCUAUUAUUAUUCAGAUGGUUUCCAGUAUAACAUUUAGAUUGCUAAAGGAAAAAACAGUAGUUACUAUCAAACGCUAUGGCAAAACAACUUGCUCAAAAUAAUAGGGAACACAAAUACCGAAACACAACAUGAUACUGGAUUGAAGAAUAUAACAGAAAAUGGACUCACUUGCUAGAGGCUUUACCACAAGAUAUGCACCAAAUGGAAUGAGCAUGUAUUUGUCAGUAUAGUCAAACCUGAAUUUGUUUAUGAUUAUGCUUAAUGUUAGUAAAAUAUACAAAGAAUGUUAAGAAUUGUCUUUUGCCAGUCCUGAUAUUUUAAGUUUACAUGCUAGUUUAUGAUUUACGUUGUCCAUUUUUAUGAACAUUUUUACUAGCAAGAAAUUAUGUUUAUAUCAAGUCUUAAUUUGUUCAUUUUUACACAGAAUGUUUUUUAAUGUAACAUUUUAUUUCUAUAACAUCAUAACAUUGCAAGUCAGAGAAGUUGAAGUUAAUACAAUCACAUGUCAGAUGAACACGUUGCAUACAGAGCUUCCUUCAUUCACCAUGUUUCAUGGAUUAUACAAGUGGGCAUAAGCAUAUAUAAUCAAAAUUUCUGGAGUAAUUACAUAGAAUGUUAAUGAUACUAAUGUUGUACUGGUAGAAUUUAACAGAACUGAUUAGUGUUAUGUCAAGAAGCCAAUUUGGAAUGCAGAAGCCAUUUCUGUGUGCUUUUAGCUAGACUGUUGUCUUUUGCGAAUUUGCUAUUAUGAGCUCAGGUUAGUGUGGGCUUUAAAAUUCUCAGUUUAAAAAUAUUUCACUUUUUAUUGCUAAGAAAUUAUUUUUAUAACUUACAUAGAGGAGUACCAAUUGUUCUGUGUAGAAAGAACCAGUGGUCACCGCAAAACAAAAAAAUAAAACUUGGACAUCAGUUGUU